GUCAUGGACAUAGUAAUAAAGUUAAAUGAACAAACAGUAGGCAGGGAUAAAAUUAUCAGGUUGCUGCAAUAUGGAAGUCGAGCUUAUUGGUAUUAUGCUCAGAAUAUUCGUAGUACACAACACUCUGCAGAAAUCUUAAGAAGUUUAGAAUAUACAUUUAGUUCCUUUAGAAAAUUGUUACGUCUUGGAAGAUGUUUGGACAGUUUAUAUUCUACUUUAAAAAUUAUGAAAUAUCCAGACGUUGUCGUAAGAGUUACUUUGAUUCUAUCAAAAAUUGCCAAUGCAUUAUUUUUAUUAGCAGAUCAUAUAAUUUGGAUUGGACGUGUGGGAUUAUUUAGAGUUAAUAUUGAAAAAUGGAGUAAAGUAGCUAAUAAAUAUUGGUUAAUGAGUAUUAUUAUGAAUCUUACAAGAGAUAUUUAUGAAAUUAUUAGAAUUCUUAAAGAUGAAGGAAAGGAUAUAUUAAUGAGAACACCAAAAUUCUAUGAUAUAUGGAGACAAUAUGAAUUAUUAUAUCAUUUAAAAAAUCAUAAAGAUAUUGUAAUAGAUGCAAUUAAAAAUGGAUGUGAUCUAUUUAUUCCAUUGUCAGCACUAGGUUUUACCAAAUUUACCCCUGGAGCAAUUGGUAUACUUGGUAUGAUGUCUUCAAUUGUAGGUCUUUAUACAUUAAUUUAUCCAUUGUAUAAAUUAGCACCAUCUUAG